AUGGCGGCUGCAGCGAAGGCAUCGUGGACGGUGGCGAUGAGCGUGGGCGCCGUGGAGGCGCUCAAGGACCAGGCCGGCCUCUGCCGCUGGAACUACGCGCUCAGGUCCAUCCACCGGGCCGCCAAGGCCAAGUCAAGUGCCCGCGGCGCCGUCUCGCAGGGCAAGAAGCAGCUUCCGGUCUCUGCGGCGGCUGUGGCAGAGCAGCGGCGAGCGCAGAAGGCCGAGGAAGGGUUGAGGACGGUGAUGUACCUCAGCUGCUGGGGACCCAAUUAG